GCGCGGGCGACGAUGGACUUCGACAACAAAGUUAUCGUGAUCACCGGCGCGAGUUCCGGCAUCGGAGCAGCUGCCGCGCUAUUGUACGCCAAGCAGUCUGCCAAAGUUGUCUUAGUUGGAAGAAAUGAAGAAUCUUUGAACAAAGUUGCGAAACAAUGCGAAGACGCAAGAGGUAUUAAACCACUAACUAUCAAGGCGGAGUUGUCUCACGACGACGAUGUGAAGGAUAUUGUCACAAGAACCAUAAACACGUUUGGUCGCAUCGAUGUUCUUGUGAACAACGCUGGCGUUGGAGUCCAAGGAAGCAUAUUAGAAGGUGUAGAGUUACUUGACCGUGCUAUAGCUACUAAUUUGCGCGCAGUGUACCAUCUGACCAGCUUAGCGGCGCCACAUCUCAUCAAAACAAAGGGGAACAUUGUGAACGUAUCGAGCGUAGCGGCCUUACGACCGAUCAAGGACGUGAAUUACCUGCCGUAUUGUAUAUCGAAAGCGGCUCUCGACCAAUUUACCAAGUGUUUGGCGGUGGAGCUAGGUCGUCAAGGUGUUCGCGUCAACUCUGUCAAUCCAGGCGGCACUAAUACCCCAUUCGCGGAAACAGCUGGAUUUACCAAAGAACAAGUUUCGGAGUUAUACAAAGCCCGCUGCUCAUUGUACCCGCUCGGUAAAAUGGCAGAAAGCGAGGAGGUCGCUGACCUGAUUCUUUAUCUAUCGAGCGAUCGCGCGCGCAGUAUCACGGGCAGUAUUUACGUUAUAGAUAACGGCGAAAUAUUGGUUUGAUGUUAUUUUAUAAAGUUAAACUCGACCAAAGUACUGUUUUAACUCAAUAACUAAAUUGUAAAAUAGCUUAGAGGUGAAAAUCACAGAAUCAUGUAAUGUAAUGAGAACAAACUAACAAUAUACAUAUUUAUACAGCAGUUAAGUCCUGCAGUGUCACAAAGCAUGCCAUUAAUUUGUGUAUCAUCCUUUUCUCCAAGAAUGCAUUACAUUCUGACUUUGGAUACAGUAUGGGACAUCACAUAAAGUAAAUUACUGGCUUCUAAGGGCUCAAACGCGACAAACUAUUUCAUGAUUUUCUUUUACUUAGAACAAAAAUAAAUAAAGUGGACUCUGUAAGCAAGCCGUAUACUGGGGAAACAAGAACGUAGUAUGUGUAAGAAAGGAUAUAGGGGCCAACAUAAACAGGUCAGUAAGUAAGUCUGUAAGCUCAGCUAAUAUAGUUCCUGUUUUCUUAGCCAUUAGUUUUAAUAUUGAAUGCAGUGAUGUAGAAUGUGUGGAGGAAAGCAAAACUUAUGGUGGACGCAAAUGAGGACUUUGUAAUUGAUACACGGAGGAUGUGGGAACAUUAAAACUGAUGUACGGCCUAAGUUAAAGGUAGCAGAAAUGGUAUUUUAGCAACUGUGUGCCGUGAUAAAAUACAUUGUGGUACGUGGUUAAAUAUAGGGGUCAUAUUGCUUAGUUAUCUGCGCCUAGUAUUGUCGUACUUGUUUAUACCGUCGUUAUUUUCAAGACAUUGUGCGAUGCUGUUCAUGAAAGUAAAUUUAUGGAGCUGUAAUUUUGGUACGACGC